UUAGGUCUCUUCGAGGUCUAAUAUCUGUAUGCCUAUGCCAGAUUGCCAGUCUUACACAUGUCCAUAUACGUUAUUAGAAUAAAGUGUUUGUUUUUUUAUAUAUUUGUAUAAAACUGACGUCCAAAUGCAGGCAGUCAAUACAAGCCUAUGCACGAGUUUUUAUGCGCUCAUUACAGCACUUUGCAAGUGUUGUCAAUGUCUUUUUGUUUUGUACCUCCCCAGAGCAUGUUGUGUGCGUAAAGCAGCCACUAGGGUCUGCCAUGCUACGGACAUGUCCACGGAGCGCAGAGUGUGUGAGGCGGUCUCAGUGGGCUGCUGUUCAUGACUGGAGCCAUAUCUCCACCGGACAAAAGAGAUCCUGUUGGUUCUUUUAAACCAUACUCUGAGUCCAGCCCUACACUGGCAGUGUCGAGCAGCGACAUGCUCCAUCCCCUAUGCAGCCCACACACACUCCAGAAAACCCGGGCGUCUUUAUCGUGGAGCCAGUGAGAGAUGACAGCGAGGAGAGACGCCUCGCAGCCGCUUUGUAGCUCUCGAAAGGGAGUGGAUCGAGACAGGACUAAUCCCGAAUGUUUAUGUUCCAUCCCCCGACAGGAGCCCGAGAAAGGAGCUGCGUCCGCCGUGGGCAUCCAUGCCCAUGUGGUGGGCACCACCGGCGGCUCUGGAGCCGCAGACGAGUCGUCAGACAGCGACGCGGAGCAGGAAGGCCCCCAGAAACUCAUCCGGAAAGUGUCCACAUCAGGACAAAUCAGAAGCAAGACAAGUAUAAAAGAGGGAUUGUUGCUCAAACAGACCAGCUCCUUCCAGAGGUGGAAAAAGCGUUACUUCAAAUUGAGAGGACGAACUCUUUACUACGCCAAAGACGCCAAGUCGCUUAUCUUUGAUGAAGUGGACCUGUCAGACGCCAGUGUUGCUGAAUCCAGCACUAAGAAUGUUAACAACAGCUUCACAGUGAUCACUCCGUUUCGUAGGCUUAUCCUCUGUGCCGAAAACAGGAAAGAGAUGGAGGACUGGAUCAGUUCACUCAAGUCUGUCCAGUCCAGAGAGCACUAUGAGACAGCGCAGUUCAAUGUGGAACAUUUCUCAGGGAUGCAUAACUGGUAUGCCUGCUCUCAUGCACGGCCCACCUUCUGCAAUGUUUGUAAAGACAGCUUAUCAGGGGUGACAUCUCAUGGCCUCUCCUGCGAAGUGUGUAAAUUUAAAGCCCACAAACGGUGUGCUGUCCGAGCCAUUAACAACUGCAAGUGGACAACACUGGCUUCCAUAGGAAAAGAUAUUAUCGAGGACGAAGAUGGGAUUGCAAUGCCUCACCAGUGGUUAGAGGGGAACCUACCCGUGAGUGCCAAGUGUGCCGUGUGUGAUAAAACGUGUGGCAGCGUGUUGAGGCUGCAGGACUGGCGCUGUCUCUGGUGCAAAGCUAUGGUGCACACAGCUUGCAUGGACCUAUACCCUCGCAAAUGUCCUUUGGGUCAGUGUAAAGUCUCCAUCAUUCCCCCCACGGCGCUCAACAGCAUCGACUCAGAUGGAUUCUGGAAAGCUACGUGUCCCCCAUCAUGUGCCAGCCCCCUCCUCGUGUUUGUAAACUCUAAAAGUGGAGACAAUCAGGGAGUCAAAUUCUUGCGACGAUUCAAGCAGCUCCUCAACCCGGCCCAAGUCUUUGACCUCGUAAAUGGCGGACCACACCUUGGUCUACGCCUUUUUCAAAAGUUUGACAACUUUCGGAUCCUGGUGUGUGGAGGCGACGGCAGUGUGGGCUGGGUCCUGUCUGAGAUUGAUAAACUCAACCUUCACAAACAGUGCCAGCUGGGAGUUCUGCCUUUGGGCACAGGGAAUGAUCUGGCUCGAGUCCUGGGUUGGGGUCCAUCAUGUGAUGAUGACACACAGUUGCCUCAAAUCCUGGAGAAGUUAGAGCGGGCCAGCACCAAAAUGUUGGACCGCUGGAGCAUCAUGACAUAUGAAAUCAAGAUUCCUCCUAAACACAGCUGCCCCACCACACCUGAGGGGGGCGACGACUGCCAGUUUCAUAUUUCAGCUUAUGAAGACUCAGUAGCAGCCCAUCUUACCAAGAUUCUGAACUCUGAUCAGCACUCUGUGGUCAUCUCCUCUGCCAAGAUCCUGUGUGAAACAGUUAAGGAUUUUGUUGCCAAAGUGGGAAAGGCCUAUGAGAAGAGCAGUGAAAAUGCAGAUGAGUGUGACAGCAUGUCUCUUAAAUGUGCCAUCCUGAAUGAGAAGCUGGACUCCCUGCUCCAGACUCUGCAGACCGAGUGUCACGCUCUGCCCCCACUGCCCCACUCCACGCCCCCCAUUGUAGAGGAGGAGCUAGAGGAUGAAGAGGAGGAGGAAGAGGAGCCCAGUGAGGAAAGCCUGACCGAGCUGAAGGAGAAACUGGAGCAGGCAGAGACUGAGAAGGGAGCAGCCACUUCACCGCAUCAGAUGUUCAAGAGCCGGGAACAACUCAUGCUCCGGGCCAACAGUUUAAAGAAAGCUGUGCGGCAGAUCAUUGAACAAGCUGAAAGCGUGGUGGAUGAGCAGAACGCCCACACUGAGGAGACAGAGCUGACAUCUCCACUGGAGUUCAGAAAAGACAGCGAGGAGGAGAACCGCGACAGUGAAAAGGAUGAAGAUACCAAGGAGCUGGAGCUGUUGCCAUCUGCCAAGAGUCCAUGUUCCCCAACAGAGCGGAAAGUCAGUCGUAGCACCCAGUCUUACCAGUCCUUUACCAUCACCCCCUUCACCACCAGCAAGGAGAAUCUGCCAGUGCUCAACACUCGCAUCAUCUGUCCAGGCCUGCGGGCUGGUCUGGCUGCCUCAAUCGCCGGUAGCUCCAUUAUUAGUAAGAUGCUGCUGGCGAACAUUGACCCCUUCGGUGCCACUCCCUUCAUUGACCCUGACCUUGACUCACUAGAGGGGUACAUGGAAAAGUGUGUGAUGAACAACUACUUCGGUAUUGGUUUGGAUGCCAAGAUUUCCUUAGAGUUUAAUAAUAAGCGUGAAGAGCACCCAGAAAAAUGCAGGAGUCGCACAAAGAACAUGAUGUGGUAUGGCGUUUUGGGCACAAAGGAGCUUCUCCAGAGAACCUACAAAAAUCUGGAGCAGAAAGUUCAAUUAGAGUGUGAUGGUCAGUACAUCCCUCUGCCGAGUUUACAGGGCAUUGCAGUGUUAAACAUUCCUAGUUAUGCUGGAGGGACCAACUUCUGGGGAGGAACCAAAGAGGACGAUAUAUUCUGUGCUCCAUCUUUUGAUGAUAAAAUUCUUGAAGUUGUAGCUGUAUUUGGAAGCAUGCAAAUGGCUGUGUCUAGAGUGAUCAAGCUACAACACCAUCGCAUUGCACAGUGUCGAACAGUGAAGAUCACCAUCCUGGGAGACGAAGGUGUUCCCAUUCAGGUGGACGGAGAGGCCUGGAUCCAGCCUCCGGGUGUCAUCAAAAUUCAGCACAAGAAUCGCGCUCAGAUGCUCACCAGAGAUCGGGCGUUUGAAAACACGCUGAAGUCCUGGGAGGAUAAGUUGAAGUAUGAUAAGCCACCGCUGAGACCUCACCUUUAUCCACAACAGUCAGUGGAUUUGGCCACAGAAGAAGAGGCAGGACUGGUGCAGAUGUGUGCUCGAGCAGCAGAGGAGCUCAUCACAAGGAUAUGUGAGGCUGCCAAAACCAAUGGACUUUUGGAGCAGGAGCUGGCCCAUGCUGUCAAUGCAGCAUCUCACGCCAUUAACAAAACUCAUCCCAAGUUUCCCGAGAGCCUAACCAGAAAUACAGCUAUAGAGGUUGCUAGCACCGUCAAAGCACUCUACAAUGAGACUGAAUCUCUUCUUGUGGGUCGAGUUUCUCUGCAACUGGAGCCGCCUGAAGAGGAGCAGCUGUCAAAUGCCCUCCAGAGUGUGGAGCUGGAGAUGGGGAAACUAGGAGAGAUUCCUUGGCUCUACCACAUCCUGCAGCCAAAUGAUGAAGAGGUUGACUGUGCUUAUGUACCAGGACCACUCUCUGGGUUACGGCAAGAGGAACAGUCGCUCCAGCAUGUUUCGAAUAGUGCCCAAGUUCAAGAAGGAGAAGGCUGCCAAAAAGACCAGCCCUCAGUCAGUGGAGAGAUGGGGCACAGAGGAGGUGGGCGUCUGGCUGGAGCAGCUGAGCCUCGGGGAGUACAGAGAAACCUUCAUUCGCCACGACAUCCGCGGUUCAGAGCUGCUGCACCUGGAGAGGCGGGACCUAAAGGACCUGGGGAUAUCGAAAGUGGGCCAUAUGAAGAGAAUUCUCCAGGGAACUAAGGAUCUGGCCAAGACCUCCAUGAUUGACCUCUAAACCUGAGCAGAAGCUCCAGCAGAGGGGGGCCAAGAGCUCCCCAACCUCAGUGGACGUUUGUGAGCACCAUCGUGAGAGAAGAUGACAAGGAUUUAAUCGCCCUGUGGUGAUAACUGUUGUGAAGCCGUGAACAAAGUAGAUUUGUGUUUUUUGUGCUUUGGUGCCAAAAUGAACGGGAAUGGUGCAGUAAACGAAAGUAACAGACAAAAUAUACUGUAUAAUAAGCCAUUUAUGGUCCAUUCAUAGAACAUUAUCAGUUAUGCAACAAACUAUAUGGAAGCAGACAGUGUGUUGUUUAGCAACACUGCAGUAGCAAAAACAGGACUUCCAGGAGUGUCCCAGAGGUGUAGUUUUCAUUUCAAUUCAGUGUGAGACAUGUUCCUCACAUUAAAGAGUUGCAGCUGAUUUUGUUUGGUGGUUUUGGUGAUGCUGCUUUCCAGUGGAGGGUGCUGUCUAACACAGUUGGUCACAUGGGCUGCAUGCUACACUUGCUCAGUAUAUUUAAGUGCAUGAUUAGUGACUUGAUUUUAAGUGCAACGUACACUUGAAUAUGUUUUAUUUUAUGAUGUAAGUAUUACAAUGCCAUAAGUUACUACUGACAGCCCCACCUGUUCUAAAUCAGUCUUUUAACUUUAAUUUAUUUUGUUUGCAUGACAAAAGUGUGUCAAAACUCUAUUUCAAGUGCCACAUAAUGGAUCACACGUUGUAAAAUGUUUAUUUAGUAGACAAGUUUUAGCAUUUUGCUGAAGUAUAUUAAGUAUAUUGAGUGAAUAUCUGUUUGACACGUCUCUCUGGAUGUGAGUAUCUGUACCAAAGUGAAUGUCACUCUUUAUUCAGUCGGCCAGUAGGUCCUAGGUGUUAUUCCAUCAGGCAUGAGUUGGGGUUGAUAUUAGGAGAAAUAAUGGCAGUAGUAAAAUAGUUGGAUUCAAGCCAACUUCUAAUCCUAUAGGAAUGUUUAAGGAAUACUUAAGGCACUUUUACUCCUUGCGUUAUGCAAGUUCAAAUAUUCAUAUCAAGACAGAAUUUACAGUCACAAUUUUCACCUCAAAUGAUUUUUACUGUUAGUAGCAGUAUUUAACACUAAUCAUGAGAAUAGUUACAUAUAUCAAUUUUCAAUAUCUAAUACAGCAGCUGACUAGCAUCUUGUCUUGUUUUCAAGUACAGCUUUUUUCUUCAUAAAUACAGCGUGGGUAAAACACUAAUUUAGUUUCUUUAAGACUGGUGGCAUUACAGGGUAUAGUUCAUUAGAGUUUAUAUAUGUACAUAAAUAUAUUUGCACAGUAUAUAUUCAGUACCCAAGGCCCAGUGUAUGCAAACAAUGUUUGUAAGUGUUAAAGUUAAUGUGUUUGUUCUUUGCAUACAUCGCAUGCAUUAUGAACAGCUUACACAUUUGAUUGCGUGCAUAUUACACCAUAACAGUUGUGUGUUGUUGAUGUGGUUCUAAUCUUGUAUAUGAUGAUGCUGUGUAUUUUAAUAAUGGUGCAAUAUUUGAUCUAUCGUUUUGAUACCGUCUUUGCAGCUUUCUGAAAUUUCUCAAUGGGGGAAGGUUUUGUACUCAUGCUCAUAAAGAUUUAGAAGCAAGCCCCAAACAGACUGACUUUCUUAUCAAGUCCAGAUUUCUUCCAGCAGUUUACUAAUAAAGUAGUUUCUCUUCUCUGUGCUUCCAAUAUAAUACACUAAAAUGUUAGUGCGUGAAAUGCGAAGGCAGACAUGACUGUUGUCUUAAUAUGUAUUUUUAUGUUACUUAAAAGCCUACUUUAUGUGUAGGUGAGUGUGCAGGAGUAGUGGUGUAUUUUAGCAGAGUUACUGUAUUUUGUUUAACUUCAUACUUGCUGGUACUCGUUUGUUCUUCUGUAUCAACCUGCUAUAUGUUUUUUUAGUCAAUAGCUUCGCUUUUGACUUUUUACUGUGUAAUUUAAAGUCACACUUUAUAGCUAAUUUCUAAUUUCUUAUGGGUGUUAUAAUUAAUAACAAACUGUCCCUUUUAUAAGAAUGUGAAGGUUAGAGUAGUUUUGUAAUUUCCAAAAUAGAGCACUAGAGGGCCGUCUUUUAAUCUCUGUCUUGCUGUUAUGCUUCAAUAGACUGAUAUUGAACAUUGGAGAGCUGAAGACAUUUAGUUUCAUAAAAAUGUGACGUAUAAUUUUGUUACUAGCUUAUAAUUAUCAUUACAGUUGAUGCCUUUUUCUUGCCAUGAAUGGACGACUGAGGUUUCCAGAGAAGCCUUUCUAAGUAUGUGCUUUAUGUGAAGCAGUGGUGAAAACUGCAGUAGUCUGCUGCCUUGUUUAGCUUAAUCUCUACAUGCCAAACUCCAUUCCAAACCAAUUCUCAAAAUAUAUUCUGUUUUUGUUCAUUGUCUGCCAGAGUAUAAGAAUCAUUUUUGGGGGGCUUUUUAUAUGUAGAUAAGGUAGCCACAAUGUACCCUUGCUGAUAUUUCCAGUGGUCUGUAAAUAAUGCUGCAAACUGCCUGGUUUUCCACAAACCAACUAACUCAUGCAAGAUUCUCUACUGACGGAAUAAUUACAAAUAUAGUCUUUGGUAUAAUUCCUAUAAUGGUGGGAGAAAAGUGAGUUUCAUUUUGUUUACAUUAUGUUUACAAUGGCACAGUUUUAAUUUGUAAGAAUAUCUAUGAAGGUAUCAACAAAUUUGACAUAUUUAUUGUGUAAGGUUUAAUGAUAUGAUGUGUAUUGUGUUUUUCACAAUUGGAAUAUAUUGUUACACCUGUCACCUGUAAUACUAUCUGGAUGAUUUUGGUAAAGUAGUUUAUCGUUUUUAUGACUACUAUAAGUGACUGUUCUCUGUGCCUUUUUAUGGUUAGAAUGCAUGGUUAUAACUAUUUAUUACUAUUUGGAGUCACCAAGAUGUGUAUUUUUGUAUUCUGGAUGAUAAAUGGUUCAGCUUUUGUUGUACAUUUGAAGGUGCCUUAAAACAGGCUACCAAUUCAUAUCUUUCUUCUUCAAUAAAACCAAAUAUGCAGUGCC